AACCAGGAGGAUACCUGCAAUUGGCAGAGUCCGAUAUGGCAACAUGGCGUAUCGAGAAAACCAGCCCCCAUAACAAGGCCGAUGCACUGGACAAAAUCCUGAAACUCAGUCAGGGAGACGAUGCGAGACUACGCCCCACUUGGGUCCCCAAUCUUCCGACUCUCUUUCGCAAUCAAGGCCUUCAGGACAUCGAAGUUGACGUGAAAGAAGCGCCACCGCACGUCCUAGUCUCGAUGCACGAGUGUGGUCUCUUGAUACCAGAGUUGUUGAUUCGAAAGAAUAUCUACACGACAGCUGUCAAAGAUCAGAUGAUGGGACCUUUGGAGGAGGUUGCUUGA